AUGUCCCGUUCCAUGAACCGCAGAUCGGCCAGCUACGACUACCAGCGGCCACUACCUUUUGAAAAAGUCCCGCUUAUGCAAGAACAGGGCACGCGAAUUGUCUCUGAUGACGUUAUGAUUCGAUCCAGGCCACUUCCGGAACAUUUAGAGGUGUUCGAUCUGCCUACCGAUUCGUUUGAUUUCUUCAACAACCACGAGGUCAACCCUCAUGACCCCCCACUACAUCCAGAGACUCUGCAUACGCUACAAACCACCUCACAUCAAUUCAAUGAUCUGCGCAUUGCAGCCAGAAAUCGCUCUGCACUGGACCAAACGUCAUCUAAGUAUCGAGGAGGCGCUGGAGGGACCCACGACGAUCCGGGGUACCAAGAAAGUAACGAACGCCGUCGAAUCAGUGGUCUGGAACUCGAUCGACAUCUGGCAAUCUUUGAAGGGCAGGGCGAACAUCGUUCAGUUGCGCAUUCCAUGCUAGGAAAUCAACAGCAGUACCAACAUCAGCAGCACCUACAAAAGCAAUUCCAACACCAGCCAUUACAUCAGCAACAACAACAGCAGCAACAGCAACACUUGCAACAACAACAACAACAACAACAACAACAACAACAGUCGCACUAUCAGCAACAACAGCAAUUGCAACAACAACAAUUGCAACAACAGUCGCAUUAUCAGCAACACCAAUUAGAACAACAGCAGCAAGUAUACUCACGAUACCACAACCACAACCAAAACCAAUACCAGAAUACCCAGUCUUUCCAUCAGGAACAGCUUCAAUUCGCAUACCCAAGACAUAUAACUCAUCAACAAGAUUCCAACAAGAAGAUUACACCAAAAGCAAGAAUUUCAAUUAGUGAGGGAGCACAAGAAUACCACAAUGAUGACGAACUUCCAGAGUUAGAUAGACUAGAUAACCAUGAGUUUGUCAGUCCACGCACCCUGCUGCCUCUGAACCUGCUGAUUCUGAAGGUUAGCAUCGAUCAAUCACAUCUGCCCCCAAAGUCAUUAUCGACUUCGCUCAACUCCAAUGCCAUUGGUCUGAUUAUAGGAAACUACGACUACAGCACAAGUCUGUUGGCACUUGGUCAAGUUCGGACAGUGGAGUCGAAGAAUACCGUGAACACGGCCAGCUCUUCAACAUUUUCAUCGAACUUGACUUCUGUCAAUGAGAUGCUUCCUCCCCUACAGAGAGGCGCCAUCCACUGCAAGAUCUGGUCCUGA